UGACAUUGCGAGCUUGUGCAAGUUUGUACCCACUUAUCUGCAAAAGGAUAUGGAACACGGAGUGAUGAGGUUGAUGCCAACAAUUCAGGACCAUCGGUGACCGCUAUCUCAGCCCCACCCACUCUUUCAGUGACAAGCAGGGAUUCUGUCCAUACUACUUACACCCACCCAUGUCGACCACGAUCACUCCAGAGGAAAUCCAAGCUUGGGACCUAGACUUCCUGAAUUCCCCAACAAUCAAAUACAUCACCAUUGCCGCUUUAACGCUCUUUACCUGGGACCUGAUCCUAACUCUUCCUCACGAGUUUAGACUAUGGAACGCCAAAUGGACGUUUGCAAAAGUUCUAUUUUUUGUGAAUCGAUACUUUGCACUUGGGACAGCUAUCCUAAUAACAUUUUUGACAUUCGAUGUUACACCCACAUGGGCUUUGUGUUCUGCAAAUACUUUUUUUGCUGUCAUCGCCUUGUUACUAGUGGCCAACAUCGAAAUGAUCCUCCAACUUCGACUAUACGCGCUGUACGCCUAUGAUAAGAGAAUUGUCCUCACUGUGUCGGCAUUGUUCGUCGCGGUCUUCAGUGGCAUGAUGGUGAUGGCAGUGUUCAUACACCAGUAUGAGAAGAACUACAAAGCUCAGAUCUUUGGUGCAUGUGUCAUAGUCGGGUCCGUGGAUUGGCUGUAUCUUUUCUGGGUACCACUGAUGGGCUUAGACUCUGUUCUUGUCCUGUUAGCAGGCUACAAAUCUCUUCAGCAUUAUUUCCAGGUACCGGACAAGACUUGGUUUGGCGCACGUCUUAUGCAUGCCUUCGCGCGAGACUCGAUUCUUUAUUUCCUCUGUAACUUUUUGAUAUACCUACUCAGCACCUUGCUGGGCAAAUACGGCCCUGCUGAGUAUUACCAACUGAGCAUGAUCAUGGUCACAAUUGUCCCACCUAUAUCGGCGAACCGUCUCCUCAUCAACAUGUAUGAUUUUGCACAUGAGGACAUAGAGCUCGCAUCCAUAAAUAUGGAGGAUACUACAAUAGAUGAAUGGGAGUAAGCCCCCCAUGUAUAGGGCUAUGUUCGACAUAGGGUCUCCGAUAAUAAAUAUGAAAAAAUAUGGAGGGUU